AUGUUCAAUGACAGAAUAUCGGGAAAACAAACAAAGUUGUUCCCGAAAAAGAUAUCUCCUCAGUACUGUCAGAAGCUAUGCAUUAUUUGCAAAGUAAGUCUCCUAGUGUGGGGCAAGUCUUCACAUCGAGUAGCAAGUCCAGGCAGUGCAGCAAGUCCAGGGAGCAUAACAAGUCCAGGAAGUGCAGCAAGUCCAGGAAUCGAUGAUCUCGUGGGUACAAUUGGGAUGUCUGCAGAAUUACGGUGUAAACACAUAAUUUGCUUCACUGUGGUUGUGUUAAGUACGAGAUUCCAGGGAUCAGCUUGGAUAGGUUCAUUGAAUGUCGGCGGAGGAAGUUGGAGACUAAAAGUGAAAGCUGACUUGAGUAACCGAACUGAUACUGGAACCAUAAACACAUCGCCAACGGCAGAUAUACCACCAAUUAUUCGCUUACAGCAUGGUUGCAACAACACGAUUAAGAUUAAAGUUCACGAUUCGGACAAUGAUUUUGUACGUUGUCGCUGGGCUACAGACGCCAAUAAAGAAUGUGGUGGUGUAUGUGACGGACUACCCGAGUCAGAUUUAAAGGCGGACUGUACAAUCGCAUACGAGUCUGUGUAUUCUCUGGGCUGGUAUGCAGUUGCAAUACAGGUUGAAGACUAUAUCAAUGCUACAUCUGAAACACCACUCAGCAGCAUACCUGUCCAGUUCCUUGUUUAUGUUUACAAGUCCAAUGCAUCAUGUGCCAAGUCGACGGAAUUUGUUGCUCCAACACCCCCUGACGACGCAUGUAUAGGUGUGCCUGAAGGCGAAAUCUUAGAACUGGACAUUGUAGCUAGAGUAGCAAGUGCUGACAGAAGUAUUUCAGAAAUAAAGACAUUAUCACCACUUGGAAUGUUAAAAUCCAGUUUGUACAAUAUUUCUGCAACAGACUGGAAAGUAAAUGUCACAUGGAAUUCCUCACACUCUGCAGAUACGAGUAAUGUGUUCUGCUUCACGGCGAGGGAAACAUCAAGCAUUGAAAGCGAGAAGAGAUGCAUAACAUUGUUAAAAGAUGUAUCACCGCCGAAAUUUAUUAACGGCACACAGUCACCUAUCGGAAGAGUUCUCCCAAACCAAAGGACAUGGACAAUAAACACCGACAUAAAUAUUAAGCAAACUUCACGGGAUGCCUAUAUUAGAAUUUACGACAUCAAGGAUUCACUUGUUGAAGCUAUAGAUGCUUCUGAUACUCAUUCCGUCACGGUAAACUCGGACAAAAAUAUGAUGCAAUUUAUAACACCAUUGACUCUGAAAGAAAAGGAAACUUACUAUUUUCUGUUCGACCUUGGUGUUGUAAAGGGUACAGAGUAUUGUGGAGCGGAUUCCUCCCCGAUUGAAGAGUCGUUGUUCUGGGAAAUGAGUAUAAUUGAUGUUACUCCACCAUUGAUAACAAUGGUGACGAGUCCGUUAAAGACAAAUGCUACUACAAAAUUAGAGUGGACAGUGGACGAGCCUGUUUCAACAGAAUGCACUUUAACAAGACCAACCGGUACAUCUGAGAAUAUCUCUAUAUGUAACAAUGCAUGGAUUGGAACAAACUUGGCAGAAGGACAUUAUAUGUUUAGAAUUAAAACUACCGACCUAGAAGGAAACAUGGCUUACCAAACAGUUACAUGGGAAGUUGAUACUACUUCACCUAUUGUGUCAUUUACGUCUACACCAGCAAAAGAAAGUAACGAACAUCAUCCGCUGUUUGAAUGGGUCUGUAAUGAACCUUGUACCUCUAAGUGUUCAUUUCUGGAACAAGGAACGACCGAUUCUGUGAAUGUAGCUUGUUUCGGGACAUCUAUAGUAUGGGAUGUACCUGUCACAACUGACGUAAAGACAUAUACAUUUCACAUCACAGCGACUGACGAUGUUGGGAACACUGCAGAAAUGCAUUUCAACUGGACGGCCGACUUUAUACCUCCAGAGAUACAUCUUUGCAGUGCAGGCGAAAAUAUUUCUGUUGAUUGCUCAACCGACUUAAAACCAGUAUCAGUUUGCAACGUUACAGUAGCCGACAGUGUAGAUGCUACUCCAAGCCUUUCAUAUGACGAUGUAAACGUUGGAACGUGUGGCAUUGUAAGGAAAUGGAAGGCACAUGAUGGUGCCGGAAAUAACGCAGAAAAAUCACAACAAAUCCAUGUUGUGACCCAGAAACCGCUGCGAGUAGUUCGGUACCCUGGUCCUUUAUCCGUAGCUUGUGGGGCUUUAGAGAAUAUGACCGAAACAUUGAUUUCUUUGUUUGAAAUAGAGCAUCCUUGUGACCUUGAUGUGAAAUUCAGUUAUAAAGACAAUCCCAGUGAGAAAUGUGGUAUCCUAGUAAACAGAACUUGGACAAUAGCAGACAACUGUGGAAAAUUUGUAAACGUACUUCAGUCUCUUAAAAUAUUGGAAGCUAAGAAACCUUUGUCUCCUGAAGAUGGGCAAAGAGGCGUUGAUUUGAACAUGAUCCUACGAUGGCAGGACGCGUCAUCUAGCACUAAAUUUAAGGUUUACAUUUGGGAACGUGGUUUACCAGUGCCGAAAGCUCCUUUAUCUGAAACAUACAAUAGCUACUACAGAAUUACAUCUUUGAAAUCGGGAACAAGGUAUCAAUGGCAGAUAAUAUUCCUCUUUGAUAACAAUGAAACGUAUCUCAGUCCAAUAUGGGUAUUUGAGACAAGAAAAUUUGCAGACUUAGUUGUAGUGGGCAUAGAUGUGCCACCCUCUGGUUUUACUGACAACGAUUGUACGGUGAAAUGGACAGUGAUGAAUUCUGGUGGUAUUGCUACACAGUCAAGACGCUGGUAUGAUGCUGUUUAUAUUUCUUGGGAUGACGACUUCCGAAAUUCAAAACUAGUAAAGACAGUUUAUCAAAAUAAUGUUAUAUAUCCAAAGGAUGGUUAUUCUUCAACUACAACCUUCAGAUUAAGCGAGAAGGAAUUUGGAAAUGCAUACAUAUUUAUUCGCACUAAUUUAUACAAUUAUGUAGAGGAGUAUAACACAACAAAUAAUGUAAUGCGCAGUCUAUCCACCAUACACGUCAAGCUCACACCUCCACCUGAUCUUCAAGUUACGUCUAUGAUUCUGUCAGGAACGAAAGUCUUUUCAGGUAUGAUAGAUGUCUAGUUUAGGAAACCGUAAAGAAAAUGAAAGUUAAUGUAUGAGACUACAUUAUCUAACAAGUAAGUACCGACGAUGCAUGAGGCUACUUUAUUUAAGGACUACACAUUCACCAAUAAAUGUAACGGAAGUCAGCAUGAUUUAAGAAUAGUAAUACAUUAGUUUGUUAAAGUGGCAUUAUGUGCAUCUUACAGCACGUAGUGUGUUUUUGGUGAAUGUUUUAUAAAAGCAAGUUUUCGGUUGCUGUGCAUUUAAAUGUGUUUAAUUAACAAUAAUGCCGCAUAAGUAUUUGAAAGUGAUGCUUUAGAAAUGAAGAAAUCGGACUAAUAAAAAAUAGUUCAUUUCUUCAGUCUUGUACGCAAUGAUCUCCCUUACCUAUAAGUAGAGAUUUCUGAGGUUGAAGGGAAGCAACUCCUGCAAGCAGUUUGACUUUUCUUAAAAAGACUGCCCCAGUCAAAAUAAGAAAAGUCAUAUUUAAAAAGUUAUUAUUUUGUAAUGGUAACAGGAAGAGUUUGGUAUACUGGGUUAAAAACUAUAAUUUCCUCCACCCUUUUUACACACAUAUCUAUUUGUGCUGUAUUUUUAUUUGAAAAAUGCGUAUAAUUCCACUUUAAUGUGUUUGUUUUCUUUAUGUUUAACGCCGUUUUUCAACAGUAUUUCAGUUAUGUAACGGUGGACAGUUAACCUGUUCUCCUGAAGUAACUGCGAACUUCCCCACAUGGAUCAGAGGUUUGAGAACGAAUGAGUUCAUACACAAUGUCCUUUAUCAAAUCGUCACGAAGAACAUACGCCACGCCUGGUUGAAUUGUACGACCCGCAAUCCAUAGAUCUGCGCUCUCCCUAUUGAGCUUAGCGGGACUUUGGUGGGUUUUACAAAUGUUUUACUGAAACUAACUAAACACUAAAAUUCAACAGUUGAGAGAUCUAUAUGAAAACUAGCGAAUCGUAUGUUUUUCAAUCGUUGCGAAAUAUAAAUACACCUAAAACCGUUUAAGGUUUAAGACGGACGAUUUACACGAAAAACGGUAAUCAGAGUCACUUGCAACACAAAAAAAGAUGUGUAUUCGGCAAGACAAAGUUCCCACAACCUGCUACUUGUAAAAUACUUCAAAGUUCACAGAAAACAUUGUUCUCUAUGAUUUCGACCACUAGUUUUCAUGACAGUAAGCAAUACUUUAUUCAGUCGACUGGUGACUCAAGGUCUUCCUUACACCAAUCGGAAGCCGCCAUUUAAUACAAUUAUCUGACCUAAAUCAUGUACAUUGUCUUACCAAAGUUACUACCUUUUUGCGAAUGGUGAUCUUCAAAAACAAAUUACCAAUACUCAAAUUUAUUAACCGUAUAUUUUUCUUCAUUUUGCUCAGUUUUAGCACUCGGAAAUUAUUGCAAAUUUGUAACAUGUCUUCGAACAUAGGUGUUUAAGGAUAUACUGUCCGGAAAUGUAGCCCCUUCCUGAAUCUAAAUGGCAUGGCAAGUAGAAGACACGUGUUUUUUCGGCGACGCUGUCUAAAUUCGUUUUCGUUACAUAUGCCACGUGACUUCAGUUAGCAAAUCAAACUACUUGAUAACGCAUUAUAGAUAAUUUAUCAAAAUGGAAGAUUUAUGCAACACUCUGUCUGAUUGGACAAGAGUGUCAAUUUCUUUCACUCUGUUGAUUGUGCUACGCUGAGUGAAAUGUACGUGGGCAAAGCGUUUAUCCUAAACGACGCUGUUCACAGUUUUAAAGCUAACUUUGGCUCAGUAUAUUUAGCAAGAAUAUAGAUAUAUCUCAAAAUGAUUAGUAAGUUUAAUAAAUAUGAUAAAAAAAAUUGUUCAAAUACCAACAUAUAUCAAAUUAAAGAAAGAGCUGAAUACGGUCUGCGUAUCACAUGAAUAAGGGUGUGAUAAGAGUCUUUUAUGUAGAGAAGUGCUUUUUAAAAGUUUUCCUUGUUACAAUUGUCGUCUGUAUAUGAAAAGGUUUCUUGCUUUUGUGACUUAUUCAGAUUGCAUAUUAAAAUGAGUACUUGUUUGCUUUGAAUAUUUGUUAUAAAUUAUUUAACUGAUUUAUUAUAUAUGAAUAUUUUUCUUUAGUAUGGUAUGCAAAUAUUGAACUUAGUUGAAAUCUGUUUUAUUUAAUAUAUGCUAUAUAAUGACUGAAUCUCAUUACACUGAAAUGAAGGUACGCUGCAUACAGUUUACCUAUGUGAUAUGACCACGGCCAAACUUUGCUUGUGAAACAGAAAUAUUGAAAUAAUUACAAGUGUAUGUUUUGCUUGACCUUCACUAUUUUAUAGGUGUGACGUCAUUGUCCAAAGAUUCAUGAAUAGCGAAUAUGCAUUUGUUAAAGCGGGAUCAGUUGGCCUAUUUUAGAAAUAAAUAAAAAUAAUAAAUAAAUAAAUCCUUUAAUUGAUUUUUUCUCAUGUAUUCUAAUCAAACUUGAUUUGUAGCAUCUUUAUUAGGCCCGCAGCCAACUUUGU